AUGCGAGACCGCGACCCGGAUGAGGACGACGAGGAGAGGCUGCAGAUCAUCGAGGAGCGGUUCGGGGUGGGCCAACCAGAGCCGGGCGUGCCACGCUUGUGGCAGCGGCAUCGCAAGACACCCGGCCCGAGGACUCACGGCUCGUUUGCCGCGCCGCCGCUGCCGCCGCCGCCGCUGCUGUCGUGCCCUCACUGCGGCCGCGGCUACAAGCGUCGGGGCUCGCUGCGGAAGCACGUUCGCCGCCGGCACGAGGGGGCCCUCGCGGAUCUCCACACAUCACCGCGACCUCCCCGGGCGGGCCAGAAGGGUCAGCCUCCCGCUGCCGCGAGCCACAAGUGCACAGAGUGUGGGAGAGACUUCAAGAGCAAACACCACCUCAAGGAACACUUCCGCAUCCACAGCGGGGAGAAGUCGUACGGGUGCCCAAUUUGCAAGAAGCGCUUCUCUCACUCGGGCUCGUACAGCUCGCACAAGAGAGCCAACAAGUGCGUGGGCUCCGUCACGGCGGACGGCGCGGCGCGGGAGGCGACAUCUCCAGUUGCCGCUGCCUCGACGGCUGACGCCGGCAAGAUGGAAUGGGCCGUCGCCACGUCUCCCAAAGCCACCCAGAGCUCAGGUCACGAUGACAACGAGGACUUCCUGCGGAUCAGUGGACCGGAGGCCACGGGUCGUCCCGCCGGCAAGAUCAAGACCAAAGAGCCGGAUCUGCACGAGCGUUCUUCCGACGUGGAAGGGGCGGCUCGCCACGCGUGCCGCUAUCGCCACGAACCGUUUCCGAGCGCAGUACCUCUGCGCCAACACGAGCGCUACCUCUGCAAGGUGAACGACGAGAUCGACGCGUCGCCUCAACCGGCAGCGCCGCAGCCUCCGUCUCCGGCUCAACGAAAGAAGUCGAAGUCGUCGGCCGGAAAGGGGUUGAAAGGGAGCGGCGCUACCGGACUCGGAGACCAGUCGGCUUCCCUGAAGUCGUACUGCCUUGCCGGAAGUGUCGAGGCGAGUCCCGAGGAGUCGAUGAAGAUGUCGUUGGCCAUGAACCUCCCCAGAGACGUUUUCUCCAAGUGGCUGGAGGAGAAAUUCAACGCGGCGGGCAGAGCGCCGGAGCACCGUGCGUCCGGCUCUCCCUCCCGCGAGCUCGGCCCGGCAUCGGCUGGGCACGCCGGCCACGGCACGGAGGGAAGUCCGGAGCGGCACCUGGCGGGCUCGCCGACGGGUGCCCGAUCCGACUCGGCGGCAGGUCACGCGGAGAGCGGGCAGCCCGCCGGCGUGGCGGACGGUCCUCGCCGCGGUCGAGACCAGGCCCGGCCGCUCGACUUGUCGGUGCCAAAGUUGAGCACGGCGAGGCUCGGAGAGACGGGCUUUGUCGAGUUCCACGAUUCGAGUGGCGUUGAGCGCCAAGAGGAGCCGUUGGACUUGACUUACGCGAAGAGAUCGCACGGCGAGCUGGACUCGAGUGCUUCUCACGUGACCGACGGCUCGAGCAACAACGGCGUUGACCGUUUACACGAGAACAAGCCGACAAUGAACACGGUCACUUCCAGCUACGGCAACGGUCCCGUGCUCGCGGCCUUUCUGCCGCCCGGUUUGAUUGCGGCCCUCCACAUGGGUGACCCCGGCCUGAGUCCCUACACGGGCCUGGACCAAGCAGCCUUGCUGUCCCACGCGGCUGCUCUCGCCGACUUCCACGAUAAGAUGCGCCACUUUGCACAGACUCGGGAGCUCCCGCGCGCAAGCGGCAGAGGGGGGGAGCGCGUGCCCGGGAGCUCGUUCGCCCGCGACCUGUCCGACGAAACCUUCCAGGAGAGCGGCCCGUUGUUGCCGCGGCACAAGUACGAGCACGCAGGCAGGCGUCCCCACCGCUGCGAGGUGUGCAGCAAGGCGUUCAGGCACAAGCAGCACCUGAUCGAGCACUCGCGGCUGCACUCGGGCGAGAAGCCGUACCGCUGCGGGCGCUGCGGCCGGCGCUUCUCGCACUCGG